CUUCAGGCGGCAUUGCUAGUCUAUCUGCGUGAUUGGUGGCUUGCGCGCUGCGAAGCGAGCGGAGGGAGAAGAGCUCGCAGCCGCUGCAGCGACGGUAGAACGGACACUGUCCUUCUCCUGUAGGAGACGCUUUAGAGAUAGGAAGGGUGAGAGAGACAAGGAGAGAGAGAGAGAGAGUAGAUCAGAGGAAGCUGCGAAGAUGGCAGUUGCUGCUGCUUCGGUUGCCGGACUCCAGGUCGCGGCGAAGGCGGGUUUGUCGUCGAGCCUGCAUGAGAACAAGUCUUCUCUCUCCUCCUCCUCCUCAGCGGCCAUCUCCGGCGUACGGCUCUCUCUUUCUUCUGUCUUUGCCAAGAAGAGCAAGAGCUUCGCACUCGCAGCCGUGUCUCCAUCUGCCUCUGCUUCUUCUCCCUAUGACUUCAACGACUUCAAAUUCGAACCUAUCAAGGAAUCGACAGUCUCGAGGGAGAUGACGCGCCGCUACAUGACGGACAUGAUCACAUACGCAGACACGGAUGUGGUGAUUGUGGGCGCGGGGUCGGCGGGCUUGAGCUGCGCUUACGAGCUCAGCAAGAACCCCGAUAUCCGCGUGGCAAUCGUCGAGCAGUCGGUGUCCCCCGGAGGCGGAGCUUGGUUGGGCGGGCAGCUGUUUUCUGCGAUGAUCGUGCGCAAACCCGCGCACAUCUUCCUCGACGAACUCGGCGUUGAGUACGACGAGCAGGACACGUACGUUGUCAUCAAGCAUGCCGCGCUCUUCACCUCCACCGUCAUGAGCAAACUGCUGGCUCGACCCAACGUCAAGCUCUUCAACGCCGUCGCCGCCGAAGACCUUAUCGUGAAGGGAGGGAGAGUGGGAGGCGUGGUUACCAAUUGGGCCCUGGUGUCUCUGAAUCACGACACGCAGAGCUGCAUGGAUCCCAAUGUGAUGGAGGCCAAGGUGGUGGUUAGCUCUUGUGGCCACGAUGGACCUUUCGGUGCCACCGGGGUCAAGCGAUUGAAGAGCAUUGGCAUGGUGGACAACCUCCCCGGCAUGAAAGCUUUGGACAUGAACUCCGCUGAAGACGCCAUCGUGCGUCUUACCAGGGAGGUGGUCCCCGGCAUGAUUGUGACCGGCAUGGAAGUUGCCGAAGUUGAGGGUGCUCCCCGUAUGGGUCCGACUUUCGGCGCCAUGAUGGUAUCCGGACAGAAGGCCGCCCACCUCGCGCUCAAGGCUCUCGGUCUGCCCAAUGCCAUCGACGGGACGGCAGACAGAUCUUCGCUCGCGGCUCCGGAGUUGCUUCUUGCGUCUGCUGAGGACGGAGACACCGUGACGGCUUAGAAGUCUGGCCUGGUAGUUUUUCGUUCACUUUGAGAGAAAGAACGAGGUGGGGGGGAAAGGGGGGGGCAGAGGGGGGAACACACCACAGCACUGUCUUUCUUACUUCGGGGAAGAUGGAUUGUAGCAUAGGUUUCAAUCGUUCUAGAUAUAUGUAUAUCGUUUAGACCGAUGGGAUAGAGAAAUGUAUGUACACAGACAUUCCGUGUGGGAUAGCUUUAGAGACGGACAAAUGUAUGAUGUAGACUUUUUGUCUGGUGUGAAAUGUGCUCUGCACUACUUGUUUGUAAAUUUCAUAUCUCCAAGUAUGAUUGCCAUUUGCUACUUCCAUCCAUAGGAUGAG